AUGCUCUCCCUCGUCCGGUCCUUGAAGGCACCCGCUCCAGCCGGCCUGGCUCACGCCAACCUCUACUCGACCGUCUCAGGCCUGACCCGCCGCACCUGGCGCACAGGCAGCCACCCCGCCCCACAGUCCGUGCACGACGACGUCCGCGCAGCCGACGCCGACGCGGGCGCAGACACGGGAGCCGCCCCGCCCCUCCGGCGCACCGCGCACAAGCUGCCCACGCCGCACGCGCACAAGGCCCACCGCACGACGCUCAAGAAGGCGUUCCCCGAGGGCUGGGCGCCGCCGCGCCGGCUCUCGCGCGAGGCGAUGGACGGCCUGCGCGCGAUGCACGCGGCGGACCCCGAGAUGUUCGCCACGCCCGUGCUCGCGGAGCGCUUCCGCAUCAGCCCCGAGGCCGUGCGCCGCAUCCUCAAGAGCCGCUGGGAGCCGACGCGCGAGCAGCGCGAUGGAGGAGCGCGAGCAGCAGAUGGAGAUCGAGAGGGAGGCUGCCCGCCCCCCGAGGGGGCGCAAGAACGACCGUCUGACGUUUACGCAGAGCUGUGCAAUAUUACGACAGACAGACCGUCCAAACUCAAAUCGCACGCCUCAUGCGACUUGAUUGAAUGGGUAGAUGCAAUGUCAUUGCAGAAACAUGCUUUGCAUGAAAUCUACGGUUGUCGUCCAUCGACUCGUAUCGUCGUAUCAUUCGAACCCUGCAGCGCGGCAUCCCAUGCCUCACACGCGCUCGUACCGCAGAAAACACGACCCUUUGGCGGGCUUGUACGCGAGGCCGUCGUUCCAAUUCGGACUGGGCGGCUUGGACAGCACCCUGCUCGCACGGUCGACCGGCGCGAGGUCGAAGCCGAGGACGAUGAGCGCCGUGACGAGCUUCAGCUGCACCUUCGCGAGGCGCUGCCCGAGGCACGUCGCGUAGAAACGAACGUCGACGUCAGGCGUGAACGAGCGAGCGCGAGUGUAUACGGAAGUACGAAGCAACUACUAUCGCGCUGCAGCGCUGCACGUCGGCGAGCGGGAAUCGGGUACGCGCUCCCCCGGUUGUUCCAACACGCCGUCCUGCCUGCACCGCCUCAACCGCCAUUGCCCGUCGUCAGCCUUGCACACCGAACACCGGAGGAAAACCAAGCAUGCAUCCCUCUUGGAUUUCUUGUCACUCCUCCCUCCCUGCAAGUCCCUGCUGGCAGUCAUUUGCUACCACCGAAUGCGAUGGCCCAGGCAUUGAUUCCACAGAAAACAUACGAGGGAGGGCAGGGGCCUACGCUAUUGAAGUCUCUCUGUUCCUUCAACAUCGCAGACUGCCCCGCGCUCGGAAUAAGCCUCGAUCUACUUGAGCGUUUCGCGUCGCUCGUGUCGUCUCAACUCGUAGACGCGGACCUACCUGCGUUCCAUGAUAUGGAUAGCGAAAAGGUUUCAAUUCCGGGAUACGAAUCGUGGGGAUAUCAGAUGCGGAUCCUAACGGGUUACAAAACAUUGACGAUCGGCGAAGCUGCUCUCAAAUUGACCGGACUCAUGAAACGAGCGUGCAAGGAGUUACGCGUGCGCCGUGGCGAGCCUGCCUUGUGCAGGAAGAUCGCCUUCGAAGACCUCUUCCUCGUUUCGCUUCGUCGCGUCUCGCAUGCUUCAGUGCAGCUGACGCUCCCUAUCGUGAUCUGA